GCAGUAUGUGUGGUGCUCAUGCAUGGAAAAAUAGCUCCAGCUUAUGCAGGCCUAGCUAUGUCAUAUGCUGUACAGCUUACAGGGCUCUUCCAAUAUACUGUUCGUUUAGUGACAGAAACAGAAGCCAGAUUUACUUCAGUUGAAAGAAUGAAUUACUAUAUUAAGAAUCUGGAGUCAGAAGAAACUUGCCCUGAACCAAUAAAGUCACCACCCAAAGAAUGGCCUGAAAAAGGGGAAAUAACAUUUGAGAAUGUUGAUAUGCGUUAUCGUGACAACCUACCAUUGGUGUUGAAGAAAAUAUCGUUCAAUGUUAAACCAGAAGAAAAGAUAGGAAUAGUGGGGAGAACAGGAUCAGGCAAAUCAUCCUUAGCAAUGACAAUCUUCAGACUGGUUGAACUGUCUGGAGGUUCAGUCAAUAUUGAUAACAUCUGCAUUCAUUCAAUUGGACUGGAGGACCUGAGAAAAAAGCUUUCUAUCAUUCCACAAGAACCUGUUUUGUUUGUUGGAAGCAUCAGGUUGAAUUUGGACCCAAUGAAUCAGUACACAGAUGAAGAAGUGUGGAAAGCUUUAGAAAAAACCCACAUGAAACAACACGUAGCUCAGCUACAAGGACAGCUACAUUUCCAAGUAGCAGAAAAUGGCAGUAAUUUCUCAGUCGGUGAGCGACAGCUGCUAUGCAUGGCACGGGCUUUACUUAGGAAUAGUAAGAUAUUACUGUUAGAUGAAGCUACGGCAGCAAUUGAUAAUGAAACAGAUGUGCUGAUUCAAAAAACAAUCAACGAUGCAUUUUGUAAAUGCACUGUGCUCAUUAUAGCACAUCGCCUCAAUACUGUGUUCCACUGUGACAGGAUCAUGGUGAUGGACCAUGGAGAAAUUUUGGAGUUUGACAAACCAUCGGUGCUUCUGUCUAAUAAACAAUCUACAUUUCAUGCCAUGGCAGUUGCAGCAGAAAGAACAGUUUUUCCUGCAUUUUGA